AUGUUCAGUGUAGUCACCGUUUGUCAUAAAAACAGCGACACCAGCCAUCCUUUGGUGAUGUUUCAGAAUCGGGAUGGGUACAGGUACUUUUUUGGGAAAGUGCCCGAAGGUACUCAAAGAAUCAUUAAUCAAAAUAAACUCAGACUUCUGAAGAUGGAAGGGUUGUUUUUAACCGGGACAAUAAAAUCAUGGUCGGAAAUAGGCGGGCUACCAGGUCUUUUUUUAACUAUUACAGAUGCAACCAAAAAAGGUAUUGAUUUAUUCACAUCGUCCUCCAAAAUAAUGUCUUUCGUGGUUGCAACUUGGAGAUAUUUCGUGUUUAGAAAAGGUGCACAAAUUGGUAUUUUCAAUACGGAUGGCGAUAAAUUAAUUGAUUGUAAAUCGUUCAGCGUGAAGCCAAUUCAAAUUCAGUCAUCGAUUCAAGCUCAAGAACUUGAUGAAAACAAAGUUGCCUCUUUAUUACGUCCAUUGAGAAAACUUACAUCAUCUAUGUUUCCUCUCGAUACAAGUAAAGUGAACAGCAUGGACCCAGAAUCUUAUAAAUCAGAUCCUUCUGAAGGAGAUAUACACACCCAUGUAAAGCUUCCGAAACUCGCGGAGUUGGAUGAUGUUCAGAGCCAACCAUCAGUCAGCUAUUUGAUAAGGCCUCUUCCAAUUAGGGGUCGUUUCGAUGCAGUUGCUGCAAAAAAUCUAAAAAUUGAACGUGGUGCCAAAUACCGUGAAUUAUCCAUAGGAAAUCCAGUAUACAACACAGAGGGUACCCUUAUUCAACCAGAACAAGUAAUUGGGCCUUCAAAAGCAUUCAAGAAACUUUUAAUCAUAGACAUCCCUGAUCGCUCAUACUAUCAAAAUACAGUCAACAACGAAAGCUUUUUCCAAAAAUCAGAAGAACUAGGAGAAGAAGAAAUAGGUCUCGUGUAUCACUUUAUUGGUGAUGAUAUCGAUUUGGACUUGAACGAAUAUUCCAAAUUUAUUAGUAAAUUUCCAGCAGAUUGUUUUCACGUGCUAAGCCAUAGAACACUUUCUGAUAAUACUUUAUCAUUCCAUACCUUUGCAUUGAACACUUUAAUGUUGAAAAGCAUUCAAAAUAACCAAUUCAAUCUUCCCCAUACCGAUGAAUAUCAACCAUUGGAACAUGAAAACAAGUCAAUUUUUAAAUUACAUUCGACACAAAAGUUUGAUAUUGAUACCGAAGGAAUCACUUAUGAGGAUAGUUACGUUAACCGCAAUAACUGGUCCACAUAUUUUGAUUCCGUAGUAAUACCUGCUGGAUUGGGAGAUUCAAGUACUAAAGAAGAUAUCAUUUAUUCUCCUCCACUUUCUUUAGCACCAAGUCCAAGUGCCAAAACCAUGAAGGACCACGUUCAAAUAGUUACUCUAGGAACCGGAUCGGCCAUCCCAUCACUCCAGCGUAAUGUUGUUUCAUCAUUAGUUAGAGUACCAUAUAAAGAAAAUGGUAGUAUAAAGUUCAGAUCUAUUUUAUUGGAUGGAGGUGAAAACACUCUAGCCUCAAUUUUAAGAAAUUACGGGCAUAAUAAUCGUGAACAACUUAUUCAAAUAUUUGAUGAAUUAUGCUUUAUACACCUUAGUCAUUUACAUGCUGAUCACCACUUGGGUCUUAUAUCUGUCAUUAAUCAAUGGUUCAAGUUUCAUAAGAAUGAUGAUAAAAAGCUUUAUUUAGUGACUCCAUGGCAAUAUAAUAACUUUGUGAAUGAAUGGUAUGAAAUUGAAGCUGAGGCUAAUAGUGAGAUUGAUAUUAAUCGAGUCAUAUAUAUAAGUUGUCAAGAUUUUUUGAAAGAGCAGGAUAGAAUUGGUCAAUUAAGUCAAAUGAGUCUUGAAAAAUUUGAACACGAAUAUGACUGUAAUGAAAACAGUUGUGUUCUGAGGGAUCCUUUACUUCCCAGAGAUACUAAGAAUAUUGAAGAUCUCUACCGUAACUUGGGUCUCAAAUCAGUCAAUACAUGCAAAGCGGUCCAUUGUUUCUGGGCCUAUUCUAUCAGUAUGACAUUUGAUCUUGAUGGCUAUGAGACUUUCAAAAUAUCUUAUUCCGGUGAUACAAGACCAAAUGUUAAGUUUGUUGAAAUUGGAUAUAAUAGUGAUUUACUAAUUCAUGAAUGUUCAUUAGGUGAUGACUUAAUUGAAGAGGCUAUUUCAAGAAAGCAUUCCUCAAUGAUAGAAGCUGUUAGAAUGUCACAAUUAAUGAACUGCCCCAAAGUUAUCCUUACUCAUUUUAGCUCAAGAUACUCUAAGAGCCCCAACUUAUUCCAAAAUUUAGAUAAGCUUGAUCAAAGAGCUGAGGAAAUGGGGAUUUAUUUAAGAAAUUCAGGAUUAACUUAUAAUAUAUUUGGCUAUAAAAGUUACAUUCCUAUCAUCAAUUCUUUACAAGACAUAGAUAUUUGCUUCGGUUUCGAUAUGAUGACUAUAAGAUAUAACGAAUUAAAUGAACAAAUGCAGAAACAUGACUUAAUUGAAAAAAUAUUUGAUCAAUCUGAACAGUCACUUGUUAAAGCUGAAAAGUCAAUGAAAAGAAUGGUAGAAGUAUCCGAGAAGAAAAAGCUCGAGAGGCUUUUAAGAAAUAAGAAAAGACGAGUGAAGCCAGAAACAACAUACUACAAUGAUCUAGUGAAGAAGAACUUCAUACAUUAUGACCCACCCCGAUAUAAAAAUGUCAGUCGAACACCAAUUGCUAGGAUAACUGAAUUGAAGCAUAACACACCUCAGGGAGAUCUUAUCUCGGUUAUUGGGGAUUUUUCACACGAAAUGCUUGCUAUCUUUCCAUUUUAUCCAACAAUUGACGAGUUCGAGCGUAGGUAUAACCAAAGAAUUACGUCCAAGACUCUUCUGUCAGUAAUUUUGAUCAAGAGAGCCAACUUGAAAUUCACCAAGGCUCAUGAGUUUCAUAAGUUUUCAGAAAUCAAAAGCAGAGAUUCCUUUAUACGAAAAUUCCCAGUAUUUCGUGAACCUAAUCUUGACAUUCUCGUGCUUGAGAUAACCGAAUUCCAAUUAUUCCAACAUGAUCAAACAGACUUGAGAGAUAACUGGUUCAAGUCUCUUCGAUAUAUCUACACAGAGGACAAUUAUAAACAGUUAUGCUCCAGAUAUAGUACUUCCACUGAGCCCAAUGAACAAAUACAAUCAAGUUUAGAUUAUGACGACGUUCGGUCAUUUUGA